CAUGCACUUUCAGCCUGAUUUGGAAGGUGAUCUUCCUUUUGCCUUUCAGCUAGAACAUGGAUCAGCAGUGACAUUACUUGUGAACAAUGCUGCCCCUGCCCCUUACCGUGCAGGUGGGGUAUACCAGGUGUACCACGCAGCACCAUUGGCCUCCUGGCACAGUCUUCCUGUGUACCAGGGUCCCCCACCUCACCAGCUGGCCUUGACCACUUCAGAGAUACAAGGGGAGACUAUUCCCAUGGGCCCUGUUGAAACACCAGAGACAAGCCAGCAUCAGGACGUUUUAGACUCGAGCCAGAGUUCGGAGUCUUCUGAGCCACACAAGAAGAAGAGAAAGAAACAGAAGAAGAAGCAUGCUGCACCUAAACAGAGGAACCCAGAUGGCAGCUUUGAUUGGACCAGCCAAGAACACAGCACUACAGAGAAGUACAAGAAGAUAAUGUCACUGCUGAGGAAAGAUGGGGUGGAGGUGGUGGAUGAGACAGGUACUAAGGGACUAACAGAUACUGACAGUGAGUCUGACCAACAUGUGAAUCAAAUGGGGAGAAAGACAGCAGUGAGUAAAGGAAAAAAAGCAACAGUGAAAAGUAGGAGCCGAAACCGGGUUAACCGACUAAACCGAGACACUGGAGACUUUCAGCAAUCUGACAUAUCCUCAUCUCUGCUAGAGACGCAGGCCAUUGGACCUGAACUGGAGCAGUUAUUCUACCUACCAGCAGAGGGCAAUGACGAGGAAGACCUCCUUGCAGAAGUGUUGGAAGAGCUCUCAGGGGUUCCAAGAUACCCAGACCUCUCCGAGGACACUUUGAGCAACAUGACCCUUUCACAAUAUGCCACUCUCAUGAACAUGUUCCCCCACCCGCAGCUUCCUCCCUUACCCGUACUCUUCUCCCUCCCUCUGCAACCUAACAUCGGCCCAGUCUAUAGAGAGACUCCAUACCUACUCACACCACCUACCCACUGCGACUGGGUCACCAGCUACACCAAUACAGUUGGCCAUUUUGAGGACCAGUAUCCUGCCUCUCCAGAACCUCAGCAGCCAGGUGAUUCCGACUACAGCAAUACCUACAGCCAUUUUAGGAACCCUUUAGCUAUAACUACAGAACCCCUGCAGCCAGGUGACUGCACCAAUACAGGCAACCAUUUGGAAGACCAAUACGUUGCCUUACCUGACAAUGUGGUUAGCCAUUUUUGGGACUAUAUUUCCCCUGAGCCUGCCUCCUCCCCAGAGCCAGAGCUUCAGCCUUUAGUACUGAGUGUAGAGAGAGAGCCGAUGAAGAGUGAGGCCCAGAGACUGAGGCAGCAGACAACCAGGGUCACAUUAUAUGGCCUGGACCGCAACCCACUGGCUGACAGGGAGGACUUCACACUGGAGCACUACCUGGACAUGUUCACUGACUGAAACACAGUGACUGUGACUA